UUCACAGUGAGGUAGUCAGACUCUGAGUGCUGUGAAGACACGGCUGUGGGACAGUACAGUAUGUUGUUGUUUGUGAUUCUGGUUCUGGUUCUGGUUCAGAUGAAUGGGGUUCACGCUCAGGAUCCUCGAUGGCCGCUUCACACAGUCUGCGACUCUGAAAGAAUCACAGUGACCUACAGGAGCUGCGACCCUUUACAGGACAUAGGUUUCACUCUCCUGCCUUGUCCUGAGAGGUUGACUGAUCUUAUAAAAAUCAGACUGGCCUUGAUUCUGAGGCAGUCCAUCAAAGAGCUUUAUUCAUCAUAUGAGCUGUGGCUACACGGGCAAAACGAGCCGAUCUUGAAUCGGGACGAGCCCCUCUGUCUUCCUCAUUUCCCACGUUUCAAGUUUUGUGGGAGCAGGAGAGGAGAAAUCAUCACCGUUGACUCAUCGUUUAAGUCCAAGACUAAUAUUCCUCUAAAGGCUAAUUUUGAUCUUAAACUACGUGCAAUAAAUCAAGAUGGCUUCCUGAUCGCCUGUGUGAAUGCAACUCUCAGCUUUCAUUGAUCCUUUAAGAGCAGAGGACCUGCGCUUCAGCUGAGAGCAACUGUACAAUCUAAUCUUUCUUCAAUUGUGGAAACUGUACUGAGUGAAUGUCAGCAUGUGUUCAGGAUUUAUGAUGCUUGCCGAUGAUUUUAUAGAUUGUUAACUCUUCAAAAGCUAUAAAAAUCCAAUGAAAUUGAAAGAAAUAGAAAAAAGACAGAAUUAUAAUGCUGAAAAAUAAUA